AUGCGGUUUCCAACGGUGUCGAUCCUGACGUUAAACAUAUUCUAUGGACUCACAUCUGCUCAACCCUCUACCCCACCUUCAUCUACGCUUGGCCAACCAAUCGAAGGCCAGCUACUGCCUGAUGGAUGGUAUGCCAUCCACUUCGACGGGAGCGAAGAGCUCAUCUCCGCCGCCCUUGAAGCAGCUUUCCCUGAUGUGAAUACCACCAAAACGCUGGUUGUCCGUGAGCCAAUCAAGGUCUGUGAGAGUGGCCUCUCCAAAAUGGCGCAAUGUGCAACUAUUGCCCAGUUUGCGUACACAAUUUCGGCUGGAAUUGCGGGCGUAGUCUGGGGACAGAGCAAGAAGAAGAGCUGCAGCAAGGUUAAAGGCACCCUCGAUGGCUGGAAGUAUGAAUACUACGCUACUGGGCGAAACUGCGACACGACCGCUCAGCAGGAUACUAUCCAUGGCGCCCUCUACCACUUUCUAGCGAGCGUUGAGAAGAACAAAAUCUGCGGCACACAGUGCUUAUCGAUGGACCAUGGAGGUACCUGGGAGGGCUACCUAAAGUUUGGGAAGGAAGAGUGGUAUGACGCCAAUGCAUACUGUGGCCCGCGCCUUUCUUUUAGCCCUUGCGCUUCGGGUGGGAACAACAGCUUCAAAUAA